AUAACUUUACCACCGAACUGGCCGUGAGUAAUCGUAGUAGUACCACUCGUCAGAAUGAUGGCGAAGUAUCUAGAGUCGGCGAUGGCGUCGACGAUGGUGUUGGUAGUGGUGUUGUCUACCGUGUGCAGUUUGGUCGGUGGCGCCAAGAUUCUAGUAGUUUAUCCGAGCAUCAGCAAGACGAAUUACAUCUUUGGCCAGGCGUUGUUCGAAGAACUGGCUACACGUGGCCACAAUGUGACGAUUGUAAGUCCAUUCGAGGUACAGUACACCCAGGAGAAUAUACGGCAGGUAAGGAUAACCGGGUUAUUCAGUCACAUCGAAGAUUACGGUCUCAAUGUGAACGUGUUCACCAAGCGCGACAAGUCCAGCUUCUAUGGCAACACCAAUCUCAUCUACGGGACGGCGGCGAUAGCCGAUUACACCUUAGGACAUCCGAAGCUGCAGGAGCUGCUCCGGAACCCGACCGAGACCUUUGACCUGCUCAUUCUGGAUCAAGUGCUUUGCGACAGUUUGCUCGGUUUGGCUUAUCACUAUGGCAUACCGGCGAUUGUGUAUAGCUCAUCAGGGCCCGACAAGUACACCAACGAAAUGGUGGCUAAUCCACAUAACUCUGCGUACAAUCCGAUACCAUCGCUCGGGUACUCCGACCGGAUGACGCUGGUGCAGCGUGUCUGGAACACGUUCGUCUCGAUAUGUGAGCAAUUCAACUACAAGUACCUGUAUCUACCGUCCCAGGAAGCGGUUUAUCAGCGGCAUUUUCAACGCACCAGCAACCACCUUCCCCCCUUGCUGGAUCUAAUCCACAACGUGAGCCUCGUGAUGGUCAAUAGCCAUCCGGUGAUCACCUUUGCGCGACCGAUGGUGCCAAACAUGCUCGAAAUUGGCGGGGCUCACUUACGGACAUUCGAAGAUACCGGCUUCUCGCAGGACGUCAUCAACUGGGUCGAAAAGGCACAGAACGGGGUCAUUUACUUCAGUGUCGGUACGAACAUCCGGUCGGCGGAUUUUCCCGAUUAUUUGCGAGAAGCAUUCACACGAGCAUUCGCUCGGUUGGACCAGGUGCUCGUCAUCUGGAAGUGGGAAAACGCAACGCUUGCGAACCAGCCACCGAAUGUCAUCGUGGGUCCGUGGAUGCCACAGCAACAGCUGUUGGCACAUCCGAACGUUCGGCUACACAUCACUCACGGUGGAUCGCUGAGCAUGAUGGAGACGGUGUAUUAUGGUAAACCGAUCCUUGGAUUACCGUUGGCCGGUGAUCAGGAGAUUCUCGUCAAUCGGGCAGUGGAUGCCGGGUAUGGUCUGAAACUGGACUAUCAGAACAUAACCGAGGAUAUGGUGUUCGAACAGAUACAACGCAUCAUGAACGAUCGGAGCCAUCGUCAAGCGGCACUGCAAGCAUCACGACACUUCCGCGAACAGCCCCAGAAACCGAUGGAGAAAGUGAUGUACUACAUUGACUUUGUGCUCAAGCGAGACGGAGGCGUCAGUUAUCUGCGCAGCGGGGCCCUUUUUCUGUCCUUUUGGUCUCGACAUGUAGUUGACGUGGCCAUAAUGGCAAUCCUCAUUGUGAUGGUGCCCGUAGGGCUCUUUGCCACGCUAAUUCAAGUCAUUCUGCGAAAAACCCAUGACCGGAAGGUGCAGAAAAACACACAACUCUCCACGGAGAGCAAGCGACCCGACCAGCAGAAACUAAUGAAGGGAAAUGCAAAAAUGAAGCGAAAUUGAGUUUUUCUUUGAUAUUUCCUGAACGGCUUCUUUUUCCCCGUCUACACGUUACAC